AGAAACACGGAAGAGGCGAAGCAAUGGCUGGAUUAAAUAAAUACGGGACGUUGCAAAAGGAAUGUUUCCAGUUUUCUUGCCAGGCCUGUGAGGCGCACCUCGGGUAGGCCUUGUCCCGCAGCCUUCGACGCUCCCUGCUCUUGUCCCUGCGGCAUGAUGUGUAUCCUGUCUUGGUAAGUGAGAGGCAAAAUGGCAAUGUGAUAAUGAAUUUUGAACUCAAGCUGCAGGCCUAUCCCGAGGAGUUAAUUUGGCAGCACUAUGGUCAUAGUGGACAUACUGAAAACCUGAUUCGCUGGAAUGUCUUCAGCUUGUAAGAUGAUGCAAGAAGUAGCACGAAUGCCUCUCCUGCAUAGAGCAGAAUGGAGAAUGUCCUGAUGUGGAUGUCAGCAGAUGAUGUUUGUGCAAACUGUCCCACACUCCUGGAUACCAGGAAGCCCAAAGAGCAGCAGGAAGGGAAGGUAUCAUCUUAUGUCCCACUGGAUGAAGCCUCGUUUUUGGAGAUGAAGGCUGAUGUCACAAACCUGGUGCAGCGGGCUGCUGAGCAGAUGAUCAGCACCACAGUCCCUCAGCCCUCCAUCCUUAAUACCAUCCAUGUGCUCAGUGCCUAUGCCAAUAUUGGCUCACUGACAGGUGUCUUUAAGGAGAUGGGUGCCCUGGAUCUACUGAUGAAGAUGCUGUGUAAUGAGGAGAAGCAAAUCCGCUGCAGUGCUGGCAAGAUGCUAAGGGCUUUGGCCUCACAUGAUGCAGGAAGCCGAGCCUAUGUUCUCUUGUCCCUGAGCCAGCAGGAUGGCAUUGAAGAGCGCAUGGACUUUGACAGUUGCUAUACGCUCCUUGAGCUGUUUGCAGAGACAACAUCUUCAGAAGAGCAGUGCAUGUCCUUUGAAGGGCUCCAUCUUCCUCAGAUUCCGGGGAAACUGCUGUUUUCACUGGUUAAGCGGUACCUGGGUGUCACCUCCCUCAUGGGCAAGCUGAAUACCACCUCCGAGCCAAGAGGGGAAGAGGCGGACUCUGUGCCUUCCCCUGAAAAUUGUGGGAGACAGAAAAGGAUGCAGUGUGAGUUUGAAUUCAGCAUGGCCAUGGGCAACCUCAUUUCAGAGUUGGUGCAGAUCAUGGGCUGGGAUCGUAAUCAGGAGCUCAAAGAAAGACGGCCUCGAGUUGCUAAGUCCAUCUUCCAGCCCCAGGUUCUUCCCAUCUAUGCUGCCAUCCAGUCAGCCACGCACCUGCCCCAGAAAGAGAUUAGAACCUUCAAGACGCGCUCUGCCUUUCCCAGUUGCAGUGGCUAUGUGGCAUAUGUGCAAGAGAAGCUGGUGCAUGGCAUGCGUGUGCGCAUGUUGGAAGACUUCGAGAAAGUCUGUGCAGGAGACGAGGGCGAGUUCCUUCACAGCAGUAAUGGCACCCCACCUGUUCAGGUUCAUUGGGAGUCUCUGGGCCAUAUAUAUUGGGUUCAUUGGCACAUGAUUGAGAUUAUUGGUGGAUCGGGUCAGGCAGAGCAGAAGACCCGGGAAAAAGUGACCACCCUCGCAAAGACUCUGAGAGAGGAUACAGCUUCAGUUAACCGGUUGUUGGUCCAUAAGCCACUUUUGGGGCUGUGCUCCCUGCCAUAUCUGAUGGAUCGGACAAGUGAGAAGACUCCUGGGACUCUGAACCGAGCCGAAUGGUGGGAGCUGCUCUUCUUCAUUAAGAAAUCAAAACCUCAGAAGCAACAGGAAAUUAUUCAGUUUAUCCAGCAGAAUCAGAAGCGGUCACAACUGGAUGAGGGAGGCUUGAUCCAGCUGUCUGUGUCAGAGGAGCUGGCUCAAGAAGUGUUGCAGCUCCUAACCCAGCAGUGCCUGGGAUGCACCCAAACUGGCCUGCAACGUUCACAUGUCUAUCUCAAGUAUUGUUUCGCCAAGGAACAGGCAAAAGAGAACUCCCAAAAUGGGGGUAAGACUCCAGGGAAGUCUGGCAGCCUUUCUGAAGCCCUGGCAUCCCAAAGGCUAAAGGAGUCACCCCCUGUGGAAGAAGGUCUUCCGGCUCCAAUGGAGAAACCAGACACACAAUUAAAUAAGGAGCUUUUCAGAUUGGAACAACUUUCCUUCCCAGAAACACUGGAUGAGAAGGCCAAAGCUUUCUGCAGUGUGAAAGUGGCAGGGAAGAAGAGCACCUUAGAGCAGCUGGUAGAGGUGAUGGAGGUGAUCCAGAAGUCCUGUUGUGAUGUGUGGCUGCAGAUGGCUGGUCUCAAAUUCAUCACUGAUAUCUUGGAAGAGGAACCUGGCCAACAGGAACAGCUUGUCAAAGCAGAGGAUGAAUUCACCAUCAGGGAGAAAACAGUCAAGAUGCUGGUGGAGCUGCUGAACUGCCGAGUAGAGAAACUGCUAACUGUGUUGGUGCUGCGGAUGCUGUAUGUGCUCCUGGCCAAAUAUGACUGGCGGAUACCCUUUGCCACCAAAGGCGGGCUGCAGGCCAUGCUAUGCUGCAUGCUGGAGUAUCCCAAGUCAGCACUGGUACAGCAGGCUGGCCUGGCAGUACUGAAGGUACUGUUGGGUGUUGGGUACUAUGAGCUUCCAGGUGCCAGUGGGAAGUCCUACCCUCUAAACCAUUCUGAUGCCCAGAUGAUGCUUGAGAUCUUCGCCAGCACUGGCUCUGCUUCCAGCAAAGACUCUGACAAUUUGCUUUGUGCCAUCCCGGCUGCUGUUGGGAAGAUGUUGACCACACCUGGGGCUUCUUCAGCAGUGCAAAACGGGCUGUUGGUGUUGAACAUGCUGAUCAACAAUCACAAGGGCCUGGCAGAGCAGCUGGGAAACUGUGACCUCUACUCAGUCCUACAGAACUGCUGCCGCUCAGGACACAGCUCCAAUGAGAUGCUGGCGCGAAUAGUGCUCAACCGCCUGGCGGAGCAUAAGCUGACCCUGAGCCAGGAGAACGCAGACUCUGCAGCCUCCAUCAGCUUCAAGGAGACCGAUGUUACAGAACUGCUGAGCAGCCUGCGUGAGAGCAGCAUUUCCAAGGAGAUGGUGGCAGCGCUGGAGUGCUGUCUGCGGGGCAUGGGUGCCUGCCCUGAAGAAAACAGUUAUGAGUUUUUCAUAAAUACGAUGCUGCUCAGAGACUUGACACAAGUGGCAUCUGAGAAGGAUGUGAUGCUGGGAGCAGUAAAGCUUUUGGAUGACUGUUUGAAUAGUCCAUGGUGGGAUAAAGUGCCCUGGCAUGACUGCAUCGAACCCUGUUUGUCUUCCAUGAGUGCCCACAUAAACAAUAGACAGAUUGUUCAGAAGUUUAUCAGCUUCCUGUACUAUCUCGCCACCCUUGAUAAAGAUUGUGCUGUCAUGAUGUGCUGUAGGGGUGCUAAGGAAGCCUUGACCAAAGUCCUGGAGAAACAUAGCUCCCAUGUGCUGCUGGUAACUGAACUGAGGGAUCUCAUGAGCAACUAUGAGAAAUAUGCCAACCUGUAUAAGAAGAUGACAUCUAGUAUCCUGGCUGGCUGCAUCCAGAUAGCUCUGGGUCAGAUAGAUGAACACCGGCGGAGCCAUCAGCCUAUCACCAUCCCGCUCUUUGAUGAAUUCCUGCGUAAUCUUUGUCAAGGCUGCAGCUUGGAAGUCAAGGAAGACAAGUGUUGGGAGAGAAUGGAAGUUUCCUCUAACCCCCACCAGGCCAGCAAGUUGGUGGAUGGGAAUCCCAAGACCUUCUGGGAAUCUAAUGGCAGCACCAGCUCCCACUACAUUAAUGUCUAUCUGCAUCGUGGAGUGAUAGUCCAGAAGAUGUCUCUGUUGGUGUCCAGUGAGGAUUCCAGCUACAUGCCAGCCCGCAUUACGGUCAUGGGAGGGGAGAGCGCCUCCAGCAUCAGCACCAGGCUCAACAUGGUAAAUGUCCCACCAUCAGCCAGCAGAGUGACCCUCUUGGAGAACAUGAGUUGUUUUUGGCCAGUCAUACAGAUUAAUAUCAAGCGCUGUCAGCAGGGUGGCAUUGACACACGUGUACAUGGCAUCGAGGUGCUGGGCCCCAAGCCCACCUUCUGGCCCAUCUUCAAGGAGCAGCUGUGCCGGCGCACGUUCCUCUUCUAUAACACUAAGGCGCACACCUGGUGUCAGGAAAUCUCAGAAGAUCGCAGGCAACUGCUGCAGCUCUUCAACAGGUAUCCUCUGCGGAUCAGGGAGAAUUCUGCCCGAUCUCUUCCUUCCCGAGCCCGAUGAGAGGCUGCUCCGGAGGCCUUGGGCAAGACCUGCUGGGAUGCCCUGAUCACUCCCUUGGUGCAGAGUAUCACCUCUCCAGGUACGGGCUCUCCUUCCUGGCGCAGGCCCCUUGUCCGUCAAAUACGGGCUAACCCGUCCCUUGACUUGUUGGCCAAGAAACGAGCCGCCAUUUUCAAUUCCUGGCGUCGCGGCGGGCACUGGAGCACCACCGUUGGUGCCUGCGUGGACUCCAGUAGCCCUGAGCCCGAGGAGCUGAAGGCCCCUGUGAAAUCCAAUGGGAAGAACGGAAAGAACAAGGAAUCGAGUUCCGGGGCUGCCAAGCCCGUGGAGAAGAAACCCAGCAGCACGACUGGCAUCACACAGUGCUGGAAAGGGGUGGUCCAGCAACAGGUGAAGCAGUUCCUGGAAUCCUCCUGGCAGGACCCUGACUUUGUGGAGAAAUAUUGCAACAUCUACCGGCGCCUCCGCACAGCCAUGGAGGAGCUUUUUGGGCAGCAGAUGUGCUUCAUGCUUGCUCUGCGCCAGGGCUUCUCGGGGGGGCUGCUGCAGCUCUCCUUCCUGACAGCCAUGCACGUGAGCGAGCAGUUUGCCCGUUACAUCGAUGUGUGGAUCCAAAAGAGCUGGGCAGACUCGGGCAACGUGGAGACCCUGCGGUGCCUGCAGAGGAGCCUGGAGCCUGUCCUCUUCCUGUCCGGCCUGGAACUUGCCAACACCUUUGAGCAUUUCUACCGGUACUACCUGGGCGACCGGCUGCUGUCCCAGGGCAAGACGUGGCUGGAGAGUGCUGUGGUGGAGCACAUCGGGCUCUGCUUCCCCAACCGCUUCCCCCAGCAGAUGCUGAAGAACCUGAGUGAGCUGGAGGAGCAGCAGCAGCAGUUCCACCUCUUCCAGCUGCAGCAGCUGGACAAACAUCUGCUGGAACUGGAUCAGGGCGGGAACUACGAGGAGGAGGAGGAGGAAGAGGUGGGAGAGGUAAUGGAAGAGGAGCCGAACAGCCAGGAGGAAGAGCCGGAGGUGAAGGUGCUGGCUCUGUCGCCCCGCUGCUGGACCGUCUCCCCGCUCUGCUACCUGGAGGAGCCUGCGCGGUUUUUCCCACCAUCCCUGAGUCAGCACUUGGGCAAGUUUGCUGACUUCUAUACCCAGAGUCAGAGCCGUUUUGGGCUGGAGCACACGAAGCCACGGCGUUUACAGUGGACAUGGCUGGGCAAUGCAGAGCUGUGGUUCCAGGGCUGCACCCUGCAUGUGUCCACCCUGCAGAUGUACAUCCUCCUGUGCUUCAACAGUGCUGAGGAGGUUCCUCUGGAGACAUUGUUACACGCUACAGGUCUCUCCCUGGCCCUCCUUUCUCAUGCGCUGAAACCUCUGUUGGAAAAGGAGCUUUUGAUCCAGAACCAGGGUGUACUGAGGCUGAAUGAGAAGAUGCUGGCCCACUUUUCUGGCCACCACUUGGUCCUGCUACCAAAACAGUCAUAUUUGAAUGUGGUGCAGAAUGAGGGUAGUGCUUUGGAGAAGAGAAGGAGCGUUAUCUGUGGCCUCAUCAUUCAGAUCCUCAAAGCAGAGAAGGCAAUACACAUUGACAGGCUUGUGUUCAAGGUGAUUGAUGGCUGCCAGAAAUUGGACUCUGACUCUGCAACAAAGUUCUUGAACUACUGCUGCUGCAGCAGCAGCAGCACAGAUGUCCUUUCUUGCAUUCAGCAUCUGCUGAAGCAGGGCUCCAUCCAGCGCCAGGACAAGCGGCCCCAGCUCCUGGAGUGUGCUUCCCUUGAUCUCCCGUCUCCUGUAUUACCAAAGAGCCAGCCUCAAGUAGCAUUUCAGACUGUCCAGAUCAAGAAAGUGCCCAUCGUGCCCUGUGUAGAGAAGAGACAGACUUUCUCCACCUUCAGGUAGAACCGGCCGCUUGCCUGUUGUGGACCUGUGUGCAGGGCUUUUUGCUUCAGAGUAUAACUGCAGACUUGUCCAACUUGUGGCUCUUGCUUCUGGUUGCCACAAGUGAUUUCAGUAAAUGGUGUAGUGUUGGGCCAGCAGCACAAGCUUCAUGACAAAUACCUGCUCCCUGCUGGGUGCCUUGCCCAGUGGUUGUCCACCUUCUCUUUUAAUGCCUUGUUGGCAUGUCUGACACGGCAGAAUAAGUAAACAAAGUUGGUGCUAGAGAACGCAGAAAGCAACACAAGCCUCCCUUGAAUGUCCAAAGUAGCUUUUGGAUCUAAAAUCCAAGCAACUCUGAUAAAGAAGAGGAAGGAAAAUUUCUGAUUGCCUUAUUUUUGGAGUAGCAAACUGAAGGUUGGUCAUCCCCUCCCCUUUUCCUUACACAGAAUGUCUGAUGGAUGAUCCCUUUCUGGUCCCCAGGAGCACAUUCUCUGAUUAAUGCCUCUGGCAUUAAGGGAGGAGCAGUGCUGAUCCAUUUGCAGAUUCAUCUUCCUGCUGGCCAAGGCUGGUGACUCAGUGAGCUGAAACUUCUAUUCACUGAGCAUCCUUGAACCCAUUUCUUACCAGUUUGUCCUUACCAGUCUGGUAAGCCAGAGAGGAUUUCUUUAAGCAUCCUUUGCCAUUAUUCAGCCACUCACAUACCACCCUAAUGGAUGCAACAUCGCAUGAGUGUAGCAAAAGAAGAUGUGGCUUAUAAGAACAUCAGAUGAGAAGAGUUGGUUUUUAUACAUUGCUUUUCUCUACCUUUAGGGAGACUCAGAGUGGCUUACAGUCAACUUCUUUUGCCUCUCACAACUGACAACUUGUGAGACAAGUGAGACUGAGAGCGUUCUGAGAGAACUGUGACUGGCCCAAGGUCACCCAGCAAGCUUCAUAUGGAGGUGUGGGGAAUCAAACCCAGUUCUCCAGAUUAGAAUCUGCUUGCAGGAUCAGACUAGUGGUCCAUCUAGUCCAGCAACCUUUCUCUCACAGUACCCUACUGGUUACUCUUGAGGGUCAACAGUGGCACAGAGGACUUUGCUUAUAUUGCCUCCUAACAUUAGGAUACAGAAAUUUCCUGUUAUUUUUAUUUAUUUAUUGCUUUAAUAAAUUUAUAUCCCGCCCAUUCCCAACCAGGGUUGGGCUCCUUACGGCUCUGGAUGUAGAGGUUGCCUGAGUAAAGUGCCAGUGCCUUAGCACUCUAUGAACCUUUGGUAUGUGCUGAGGGAGCUAUGGAUUAAACUAUUUGCCAUCAUACCAUGAUUAGAACUCACCCCAAAAGAUGGGUGUGCUGCUUGUGGCUAUUUCAGGAUUAGUGGCAGCAGGUGCCCACUUGUGCGGUGGGCAGAUGUAAACGAUGAACUGGUCAGUGUGAUGUGCUUCGUUACAUUGUAAAGUGCAAAAAGGAAUUAAAAAAAUCAGAGCGC